AUGCGCUUUAACGACAACCGUUGGACCAGAGCCGUGAGUGACUGGGCUCCCCGUGAUAUUAAGCGCACUACAAGGAGACCGCCGACCCGGAUUCUGUUGUGUAUUUGUAAAUGGUCUAUCGUUGGUCAUUCUCUUGCGACUGUCAUCGUCAAUUACGGAAUCCUGGCCAACACUGAAAAGAUCUGGAAUGGUUUGGAAAAGGAAGAUGAUUUGCAAAAAUCGAUGUUCCCGUGGCACCGGUUACGCCUCCGUUGGACAUCUGUUGGAUUUAAGAAAGUGAAGAAUCCUCCUAUGACAUCUACUUCCCCAAUCCAGAACGCUUACGAUUCGCCAAUUUAUCUACGUAUAGAGUUUGCAUGGCCAGAUUACCCCAAGCCGGAAGGAGCACGUUGGGAUCCUAAGCGAAUCUGA